UCUCUCUUAGCAGCAAGGUGUUGGCAGGCCAAGUGUAUACCAUGCAGUGGUGGUCAUAUUUCUGGAAUUCUUUGCCUGGGGACUCUUGACAACUCCAAUGCUAACAGUCUUACAUGAAACAUUUCCCCAUCAUACAUUUUUAAUGAAUGGUCUUAUUCAAGGUUUUAAGGGUUUUUUGUCCUUUCUCAGUGCUCCUCUAAUAGGUGCUCUCUCGGAUGCAUGGGGGAGGAAAUCUUUUCUUCUUCUUACGGUUUUCUUCACCUGUGUCCCAAUUCCACUAAUGCGAAUAAGCCCAUGGUGGUACUUUGCAAUGAUUUCGGUAUCUGGAAUCUUUUCUGUUACCUUUUCCGUAAUAUUUGCCUACGUAGCUGAUGUAACACAGGAACAUGAAAGGACAACAGCCUAUGGACUGGUGUCUGCCACUUUUGCAGCAAGUUUGGUGACUAGUCCUGCCAUUGGAGCAUACCUGUCUGCCAGCUAUGGAGACAGCCUUGUUGUACUAAUGGCCACGUUGGUGGCAGCUGUGGACAUCUGCUUCAUCCUGCUAGCUGUGCCAGAAUCUCUGCCAGAAAAAAUGAGACCUGGUUCAUGGGGAUCUUCUAUAUCGUGGGAGCAGGCAGAUCCUUUUGCAUCUCUGAGAAAGGUUAGAAAAGAUUCUACGGUUCUCCGGAUCUGCAUUACAGUGUUUCUCUCCUAUCUGCCCGAGGCUGGCCAGUAUUCCAGUUUUUUUCUGUACUUGAGACAGGUUAUAGGUUUUGGAUCGGCCAGCAUUGCAGCAUUUAUAGCUGUGGUAGGCAUUUUGUCCAUAAUAGCUCAGACUGUGUUUCUCAGUAUCUUGAUGAGGUCCAUAGGGAACAAAAACACAGUUCUCCUUGGCCUUGGCUUUCAGAUCCUUCAGCUGACUUGGUAUGGUUUUGGAUCUCAGUCUUGGAUGAUGUGGGCAGCAGGAUCUAUAGCAGCGAUGUCAAGCAUUACAUUCCCAGCAAUCAGUGCUCUGGUUUCACGAAAUGCAGAGGCAGAUCAGCAGGGUGUUGUCCAAGGAAUAAUAACUGGAGUAAGAGGACUGUGCAAUGGCCUGGGACCAGCACUGUAUGGCUUUAUUUUCUUUCUCUUUCACGUGGAACUCAAUGAGUUACUACCUGAUCAUACUUCUGGGAAAAAAGCAAUGCAAGUUCCCAGUGACAAGAGAGCCAUCGUUCCUGGUCCACCCUUCCUGGUUGGAGCGUGCAUUGUUCUUCUGGCUUUCCUGGUCGCCUUAUUCAUUCCUGAGAACAGCAAAGCUGGCAGUACCAAAAAACACAGCAACAGCAUUGGCAGCAGCCUGAGCAGCAACCCAGACCAAAGUAAUGGAGAGGACAUUGAACCACUGCUGCAAGAUAGCAGUGUGUGAAGGCUGAACUUUGGAGGGGACUGUGGAACAAAUUCAUGUGCUGAAUUGCAGCCCUGGGUGGGAGAUACAGAGUGUCUGUGCUCUGAGGGGAAGACAGCUGUGUACAGGAGAAGGUCAUGUGCCAUAUGACACUUGAGGUCGAUGUCAUACUUGCAGGAGGGGUUUUUUGGGAUGGCAGGUCACAACUUGGUGUGAUUCUACUGAGUAUCGGACUGCAAACACUGUGUCAAACUGUGGUGUUGGGGAGAAACCCGAACAUGCAGAGAUAAUGGAAUUUUUUUAACAGUUUGAAUGUUCAAUUCCCAAAGUUGCAUCAUAAUGCAAAAUAAAUAGGUUUGAGCCAGAAUAGUUUCUGCCAUCACUAUUAAAGUUUUGUUUUGCAUUUCUUAUGCCUUUUGUCUGCAUCUAUGCCACAUGUAGUCUUCAUGGUAUAGGAGGGACUGAUCUCCAUGUAGUUCUGGUAUCUGAAAUAAUGGUUAUCAGUAACAUUCUCUAAUGUUACUUACUAACAAGAAGUCCAGUAGUUACCAGAAGGCAGUGAUAAAACUGAGAUGACAGAAUCCUGAGUGUGUGUGAUCACACAUGACAAUCGUUACCCAUAAAUGAGGAUCAUAUGGAAGUCUUAAACCCGCAUUCCAGAAUACUCAGUUCUGAGCAGUUAAAGCAAAUCCAGAUGGCACCAGAGAGCCAGGUCACAUUAAUGCUUUACUUAUAAAAAAUAAGAUUUUAAUUUUAAAAUGAGCAGUGUCAGAAAAAUGGACACUCCUGACUUCUGAGUGGGAGCCAGAGUGGUUUACGCCAAGAAAUAUGUGUAUUUAUUGCAUUUUGUCACUUUAUCUGCCAUAUGAAGUAAUCUUUCUUAUUAAUUCCUUUCACCCCUGCCUUAACUGCUACUUAGGGUUCAGUUAUUAAUCAUAUUUAGCCUUCAUAUAACUGUCUUACCUGCUGAAUAUCAUGGGUAUAUUCAUAUCAAAUUUCCUUUCUAAAUGAUGCUUUAAAGGAGUUAUGGAUGGUUACAAAUAUGCUAAUUUUUAGAGACAUUUUAUGAAGAAUACACAGAUUUAUAUGAAUUUUGCUGCAGUGUAAAUGGACUAUUAAACCCAACUUUAAUGAAGUACUCCUGUGAAUGUUUUAUAUGUAUGCAAUAUAUGUAGAUAUUUCUAAGGAGUUUCAAAUUUUUACACAUGAGGUGCUGUGUAAAUCAUGUAUUUAUAAAUGUAAUGAGGGUACAGACAGAUAUACAGUUUUUUAAAAGGAUUGUGUAUUGACUGGACAAAUUUUAAAAAAUAUAUAUUUUGAAACUUGUUCCACACUGAGCACAGACAACAAACCUUUUGUACUAUGUGGUUUGGUUUUUAAGUUAAUAAGCUUCCUAAUGCAUAAUAAAUCUACAU